CUUCCCACACUCGCUUGCUCUUCGUCCCAGUUAGGUUCCCCCAUCUUUUUGCGUCGUCGCCUUUUUCUUCUUCCUUCCCUUAGUCUCUCCCUUUCUCGCUCUGUUGCUCUUCUCUUUAAGGAUCCUGCCUAUCAUCCUAAGUCCCCACCCGCCUCCACCUCGUUCUGGGAGUUUUUUAAAUUAGCGUUUAUUUAUUUUUUUCUCCUCGGCCGCCGUCGCCACUGCUGCAUAGCUGGUGUCGGUGCCGCGCUUUUCCCCCCCACGUCCUCCCCGCAGCCUAUGGCCCAGGCCGCCUCGGGUAUUUCUGCUUUAGGUAACCACAUCCCUCUUUAAAAAUUCCGCCUAAAAAGAGAAGACGCUUUACCCGACUCUUUGGGCCGUUAUCUCACGGCGAACUUUCUGACCAGGUAUACAACUAUCCAGAGGGCCUAGGAGAAGUGCUUUAUAGAGAGCAGUUCGACUUCAACGCUGAGCCACCUUGGGAACCUAGCUGAUGAUAGGAGGGUUCCAUCUCCUAACUUGUCCAUGGAGGUCUCCACUUCAGAAAUCCAAGACCCAUAUUCAUCCAGCUUGGUGUCAAGUGGGCUGUUGCUGCCAGAAUUAUCUUGUGAUUAUUUGAGAGAUGUAUCAGUUUCUUCUGAAGUACAAUCAACUGUAGAAGCCUUUGUAGCAGUUUGUUGCAUAUUCUAAGGACCCAAACGUAAGGAUUGGUGGCCCAUCUUGUUUUUCCUGGUUUAUGACUUUCGGCUUUGUGGAAUACGGCUGAGAUGAAAGGAUUUAUUGAAGAUGCAAACUACUCUGUUGGCUUGUUGGAUGAAGGAACACAUCUUGGAAAUGUUAUUGAUAACUAUGUCUAUGAACAUACCCUAACAGGAAAAAAUGCAUUUUUUGUUGGAGAUCUUGGGAAAAUCGUGAAGAAACACAGUCAGUGGCAGAAUGUUGUGGCUCAAAUAAAGCCAUUCUACACAGUAAAAUGCAAUUCAGCUCCAGCUGUUUUAGAGAUUUUAGCAGCACUUGGAACUGGAUUUGCAUGUUCCAGCAAACAUGAAAUGGCAUUGGUGCAAGAGUUGGGUGUUUCUCCUGAAAACAUCAUUGAUAUAAGUCCAUGUAAGCAGUCUUCUCAGAUAAAGUAUGCAGCGAAAACUGGUGUUAACAUCAUGUCAUGUGACAAUGAAAUUGAAUUGAAGAAAAUUGCACGUAAUCAUCCAAAUGCUAAGCUCUUACUACACAUCGCAACAGAAGAUAUUAGUGGAGAUGAAGAGAGUAACAUGAAGUUUGGCACCACACUGAAGAAUUGUAGGCACCUCUUGGAAUGUGCUAAGGAACUUGACGUCCAAAUAGUUGGUGUUAAGUUUCAUGUUUCAAGCUCUUGCAAAGAACCUCAAGUGUAUAUUCAUGCUUUAUCUGAUGCUCGAUGUGUCUUUGACAUGGCUGGAGAAUUUGGCUUUAAGAUGACCAUAUUGGACAUUGGCGGAGGCUUCACGGGUAGUGAAUUUCAGUUGCAAGAGGUUAAUCAUGUCAUCAGCCCAUUGUUGGAUGUCUACUUUCCUGAAGGAUCUGGCAUUACAGUCAUUUCAGAACCUGGAAGCUACUAUGUGUCUUCUGCAUUCACUUUAGCAGUUAAUAUCAUUGCAAAGAAAGCUGUUGAAAAUGAUGUUUCCUCUGGAGUAGGAAAAACCGGGAGUAAUGAACCAGCCUUUAUGUAUUACAUAAAUGAUGGUGUCUAUGGUUCUUUUGCAAGUAAAUUGUCUGAGAACUUGAAUACCAUCCCAGAGGUUCACAAGAAAUACAAGAAAGAUGCGCCUCUGUUUACAAGCAGCCUUUGGGGUCCAUCCUGUGAUGAGCUUGAUCAAAUUGUGGAAAACUGUCUUCUUCCUGAGCUGAAUGUGGGAGAUUGGCUGAUCUUUGAUAAUAUGGGAGCAGACACUCUCCAUGAGCCAUCUGCUUUUAAUGAUUUUCAGAGGCCAACUAUUUAUUACAUGAUGUCAUUCAGUGAUUGGUAUGAGAUGCAAGAUGCUGGAAUUACUUCAGACACAAUGAUGAAGAACUUCUUCUUUGUGCCUUCUUGCAUUCAGCUGAGCCAAGACGACAGCAGCUUUUCCACUGAAGCUUAAAACAGGCAUUAACGCUUCCUUUUAGACCUGAAGUUGCAAGUUAAGCUUGUCUGGUCAACAUUCCAGUGUGGAAGAAAAAUUGAACAAUCUUAACUAUUCACUCUCCAAAACUUGAAAGAAAUUAGUAAUAAUAGCUAAUUGGGACCAGGCAAAACCAGCUUACAACUACAAUUCUUUGGGGUGAGGUGGGAAUUAGAUAAUGUGUCCAGAUUUAAACUUACCAGUUGUCCAACCCCUAAGCGUUUAAAAUAAAAUAUGCAACAAAAUGGAUGACUUAGUGGAGAUGGAAGCCCAUCACUUGGGUUCCCCAUUAUAAACCGUUUACAUACAAGUACACAGUUUUUAUACUAAGGAUUCCUGUUAGAAAGUCUUGUAAAGUUAUUGUCUUUCGCCCAGAUAUAUCAAAUGUCAGUGGAAGACCAGUGUGACUUCAUUUAGAUAUGUUUAGUGUAUUUAGAAUGUGUAAAUUUGUGCUUUGAACUGUAGUUUAAUAAAUGUAAAAUUGCAUCAUAGUAUUUGUUGUAUUUGACCUGACGUAACCCUUGUAUGAUUGCAAUAAAAUUUUGUGUAGAU